CAGUUAAAUUUGUGUCAGCAGUUACGAAACCAGCUGUGACUGCAACACCGUACUCCUUACUCACUAAAAUUUUAUCUUGUCUUAUACAAUACGACUGACAUUCUGGCGUUGCAUCUCGUUGCAUCAACCCCAUCAACCACGACUGCUUUGGUUUCUCAGAAAUUUGGAAUAAUAAAGAAAUUGGAACACAUGCUUUAAUGGAAAGUAGAUAAUGUCUGAGCUUUCUUCAGAGAAAAUAUUUGGCAUUGUCUUCAUAGCAUUUUUCUCUGUAUUUACGUCAUGUGCUGAAGUGAAUCUUUUCAACAAAAAUGUGAGUAAACAGAGUAUAGAUGCUGCUGGUGAAGAAAGAGAGGUUGUCAGAACUAAGGGAGAUUUGAUCUUGGGUGGCCUUUUCACCCUUCAUAAAAGAAAGCCAAACGAUGAGUGUAGCCAUUUGCUAUCAAACCCAAAGAACAUUAUGAGAGUUGAAGCAAUGCUUCAUGCCAUUGAUGAGAUCAAUAAUGACUCAACAAUCCUUCCUCAUGUGAAGCUUGGUGCCGAAAUAAGAGAUGAUUGUUUUUCAGGCACAAUAGCUUUGGAAGAAAGUUUGAACUUUGUAUUAAAUGCCUUUCGUCAAUCAGAAAAGAUUUGCAAAAAUGCCAUAAAUCGAGCACCUCCAGUUAUUGGCGUUAUUGGUACUGUAGCAAGCCAUACAACAAUGGCUGUUGCAAGCAUGUUAAGAUUGUUUAAGGUACCCCAGAUCAGUUAUGGUGCAACAAGUCCUGAUCUCAGUAAUCGUGAUGAAUAUACAUACUUCAUGAGGACAUUACCAUCUGAUGUAUGUCAAGCACAAGCAUUAUUUGACAUAACUGUAAAACUUGGUUGGUCUGCUGUCUUUUUAAUAAGCUCUCCACUUAUCUAUGGUAAAGGUCUUAGGAAAAAAUUUUUGAAGCUUGCAAGAGAGCGGCAUCUUUGCAUUGUGGAUGACAUGGAGAUGAGCACCAAAAUCCAAUUAAGGGAACAGCAAAUUUCAAGUUUUCUUCAAAGGAUAAAUUUAAGACAGAGCGUCCGUGGAGUGGUUUUACUUACUGAGAGUAUUUAUACAAAAAAAAUACUGGAGAAAGCUCGAGACUUGGCAAUAUCUCCAGGACGUUUUCGCUGGCUUGGAACUGACACUUGGGGAACUGGGCAGAAUCUUCGUGGUAUUGAAGAGAUUGCUAAUGGGGCUAUCUCAAUCUCUGUACACAACUCUACAGCUCGAUCCCUUCAGAAAUUCAAUGAUUAUUUCUUGGCAUUGAAACCCGCUGUGGAAAACGUCAGAAAUCCAUGGUUCAAGGAAUUUUAUCACGAGUAUUUCAACUGCAGUAAUUUUAGCGCAUCCUGCAGUGGAAAUGAACUGAAUGUUUUCAAUGAUAACAAGAUUCCGCAUGUCAUUGAUGCAGUGUAUGCAUUUGCUUAUAGUUUGGAGGCUAUGUUAGGCACAACUAACCAAUCACUGGAAGUAAAUCGUCAGUUAGAGGAGCUCUCGGCAAAGGGGGUCGAUUUUUUGGACUUUUUAAUGAAUGUUAGUUUUAUCGGUAGGAGUGGACUUGUUUCUUUUGAUGUCAAUGGUGACGGGAUACCACGUUAUGACAUCAUGAGUUAUAACGAUAAAAAAUACCAGAAGAUUGCGAUUUGGAAAAAUGGCAAUUUCAUUUCGAUAGACUUAUGGUUUGAAAAUCUAGCUGGUAAUGAAAGGUACACUUCUUACUGUGGUGAAAAAUGCAAGUUUGGACAAGGUCGACUUACAAGCCAAGACGCUCCUCCAUGUUGUUGGAGCUGUUACAAUUGUGCUUUGAAUGAAUAUGUUAACUCCUCUUCACAUUUGUGUCAGUCUUGUGAUAUUCACCAACGUCUCAACCGAAAUAAGACAAGGUGUGUUACGUUGCUUGAGGUUGGACCAACGAAAUGGGUUGUCAUUCUUUUGACAACAUGGGGGAGCAUGGGUCUUCUUGCAACAUUUUUUGUCGCCUUCACAAUCUACAAAUUUUAUUCCACCCCAGUUAUCAUGGCAUCAGGACGUGAACUCAUGCUCGUGUUGCUUGCCGGUAUAGCGUUAUCCUUUGGUCUUGGAUUCGUGUUAUUGGGUGAGCCAUCCAGACGUAAUUGUGUAUUUCAAAGAUUUGGCUCGGGAGUUUUCUUAGCAAUGUGUUAUUCUGCCAUAUUUGUAAAGACCAACAGAGUUGCUCGUAUAUUUCGUGGAGAUACGAGACCUGCUUUCAUUUCGCCACGCUCCCAACUACUUAUCACAUCAAUUCUGGUUUCUCUACAACUUGGGAUUUGUAUGAUAGCGUCAGUUUUCGGGACCAGAUCGGAAGUGACGGAGUUUUACGAACAUGAACAUUUUCAUAAAAUAUGUCGAACUUCUGGAAAGGAAUACGUUGUAUCCAUCAGCUAUAACGUGUUUCUUUUGCUUCUAUGUACCUUCUACGCUUUUUUGACUCGAAAAUUACCCGCCAACUUCAACGAAGCAAGACUGGUAGGAAUAACAGUGUACACCACAUGUGUUCAAUGGAUAUGUUUUUUCCCAUUGUUCUAUGGUACACUGCCUGUGUACCAUACCUCCGUUCUUCUUCUAAAUUCAUGCAUUAAUGCGACCGUUUUACUUUUGGGAAUGUUUGCACCAAAGGUUUACCUAGUGUGGUUUCAACAAGAAAAAAAUACCCGCGAGGGAUCAAAUCCCCGCGAGAGAGAGACAAAUAAGACGUCUUCAGAAUUGAACGAUUGCUCUCAGUCUGUUCAUGGUAUGGAUAGACUGGUGCAGUCUUAAUGACUGAAUAAAUUAUUGUUGGUUUUAUCACAUAAUAUAAUGUGAAAUGAUAUUAAAAAUGUCGAUUUAGAAAUGUCAUAGCUCUUACGCAGUACUAUAAAUUAUUGUAGUUGAAGUUAUUUUAGUGGAAAGUAUUGUUGUAGAAAAGUUACCUAAGUAGAGUUUGCUUUAAAACUUAAGAUGUUUGUGUAAUUUAACAACGUAAUGUUGAGAAACACAACUGAGAUGUAAGACGAGGGAAAACGAUUAAAUUACCGUAGAAACGUUA